UGAAGGGCGAAGUGGCGGCGCACAGCGCAGGUGAUCUGUGCGUGUCUGUCACUGACGAGGCUCGCGUGUCCGGCUGCUGCUGCUGGAGUAGGAGGGGAUUCAGGCGCACGCGCACUUCCGCUCACAGAACCCAUGCCGACAUUUCAUACGAGCGCGGUCAGGAAAGUUUUCGCAUUCCUAUGAACACAUUUCCCCGUGUCAAACGGACAGAGUUGGCGACGCGAAGAACGGUCCUCUUCUCGCUACAGAAGCACCAUUUAGAGAUCUGAGGCGAGAACAGAAGAGAGCCGCUGUCCUGCCCGCGAGAUUUACUCAGUCAGCGCGCCGUGGUGUGUGUGUGUGUGUGUGUGAGAUUGAGCGAUGGCUCCAGCGACGGGUGGUCCGGUGGGCUACACGCCCCCUGAGGGGGGGUGGGGCUGGAUGGUGGUGGUGGGUGCCUUCAUCUCCAUCGGCUUCUCCUACGCCUUCGCCAAGUCCAUCACCGUCUUCUUCAAGGAGAUCGAGAUCAUCUUCGACGCCACCAGCUCACAGGUGUCCUGGAUCUCCUCCAUCACACUGGCCGUCAUGUACGGCGGAGGACCAAUCAGCAGCAUCUUGGUGAAUAAGUAUGGCAGUCGGCCCGUCAUGAUGUGUGGGGGGCUUCUGUCCGGCUGUGGUCUAGUGGCAGCCUCCUUCUGCAACAGCGUGGAGGGACUCUACUUCUGUGUGGGCGUUAUUGGAGGCCUGGGCCUGUCAUUCAACCUGAACCCCGCCCUGACAAUGAUCGGUAAAUACUUCUACAAGCGCCGGCCCAUCGCCAACGGGAUCGCCAUGGCGGGCAGCCCGGUGUUCCUGUCUACUCUGUCGCCGCUCAACACCUGGCUGUACGACCAGUUCGGCUGGCGGGGCAGCUUCCUCAUCCUAGGCGGCCUGCUGCUCAACUGCUGUGUGGCCGGAGCACUCAUGCGGCCCCUCGGACCCAAGGCUCCGCCACCCAAGAUAGAGGACCCCAAGGUGGAGCUGGAGUCCAGCGCGGUAGCAAAGCCCGCCCAGAAGCGAUCGGCCAUUGAGGUCAUCAACAGCUUCAUUGACCUGACGCUGUUUAAACACCGCGGCUUCCUGCUCUACCUGCUGGGCAAUGUGGUCAUGUUCUUCGGCCUCUUCUCGCCCCUCAUCUUCCUCAGCAACUACGCCAAGGACGAGGGCAUCUCCAAGGAGAAGGCCGCCUUCCUGCUGUCCAUCCUGGCCUUCACCGACAUGUUUGCCCGGCCCUCCAUGGGCCUGGUGGCCAACACGCGCUGGGUGCGUCCACGUAUCCAGUACUUCUUCGCCGCCUCGGUGCUGUACAACGGCAUCUGCCACCUGCUGGCGCCGCUGUCGGUGGACUACCUGGGCUUCGCGCUCUACGCCGUCUUCUUCGGGAUCGCGUUCGGCUGGCUCAGCUCCGUGCUGUUCGAGACGCUCAUGGACCUGGUCGGGGCGCAGAGGUUCUCCAGCGCCGUCGGACUCGUCACCAUCGUGGAGUGCGGCCCCGUGCUGUUGGGACCACCGCUGCUGGGCAAGCUGAAGGACGUCUACCAUAACUACAGGUACACGUACAUGGCGUGCGGUGUGAUCCUGGUGGUGGCGAGCGUCUUCCUGUUCGUGGGGAUGGGCAUCAACUACACGCUGCUGGAGCGCGAGAAGCGCGCGGAGGAGCGCAACAGCGCGGCCGACGCCCUCGAACAGGAGGCCAACGACCACAACGCCAGCCGCGAGAAGGAGGGGGAGGAGCCUAACGCAGCCAUGCCCCUCAACCCCCCCGAGGACGAGCAGCUGAAGGAGGACUCCGUCUAGGCCACGCGACGCAUGCGCUGGUGAACUCUGACCUCUCACCUCUGACCUCCCGGCCCGCGCAGCGCAGGUGUGUCACCGUCCACACGAGUACUGGAAGAUAACGGUCAAACGGACGACAGCAACGAGCAAACAAACAAACGAAAUACGGACAAAGCAAAUGUGAUUUUACUGUAGUAGGUGCUGGCACGAGUGCAAAGCAACACACACACACACACACACACACACACACACACACACACACACACACACACACACACACACAUACAAACUGACGAACAAAUACACUCCUUGACAUGCUAGUGAACAAACAUUGACAAAGAAGAAAGAUGAGAUUGGUGAGCUGGAUAUGUGGAAGCAUUUCACACACACACACAAACUACACAUUUACAUCACACACACGCACACACUACAAGUUUUAAGAAGGUUUAGUCAUGACUGGAACGUUUCUCCCUGUAAAUACCAAGUUCCCUCACCAGCUUCAAAACAAAACUUCCUAGACAGACCAGGCAGUAGGAUUCUAUCGGUUUGGACCACCUGACAGUCUGUGUGUGUGUGUGUGUGUGUGUGUGUAUUGUAGAGGAAUGAUCGAUUGUCUCAGUUGUCCCUCUGUUCUUUUUUGGAUUUGUGAUUCUGAUUUGAAUCUCAUCCCAUGGCAACAGGAAGUAGAUGAGCACUCACACCCCUGUUCCCAUGGGAACGUGAAACAGAACACUCCAGACUGCCCCUGAACUUGAGAUUAGAUUCUUCAAGUCAAGUCAGAUUUAUUUGUAUAGCGCAUAGAUUCUUAACCUCCUCAACAUGGUCUCUCUGUUCAGAGAUGUGAUCCAUCUCAAGUCUGCCAGCAGGGGGCAGAGAGGAGGUGACAGAGGGGCUAGUAGUGACCUUAGAAUCCCCACAACUAGCCCUAAAUGGCCCUCAAACUAGCCCUCCCAGAUGUAGUAUGUAGUCAUUUGGUACACACACACACACACACACACACACACUGGUCCCACAUUUGACUGCUUUUCUAUCCCAGUGUAAACAGACAUGUGGUCUGCCACUGUUGAUGAUGAUGAUGAUGAUGAUGAUGACACACUGCGCUGUUAACCCUCACAGUCUGAUGUGAGCGCCGCAGACCUGACGUCUUUAGGGAUGUCAGUGUACCAGAGUAGCAUAGACUCCGGCUCAGCCCCGCGAUAGUUGAUCUCUACACACUCCUCUGAGUCCUGUAGACUCUACACCCUUUAAACGCAAUGUGUCCACUAACCUCACUACACAGGCCAUGUAGAAAUCUCACUUUUUAACUCCAUAUUCCAUUUUACGCUAGAACGCUGAUACGUGAUCAAAUAUAUGUGUAUGCAUAUAGAUGUGUGUGUUUGAGUAACAGAAACAUUUCAGAUGAGUGUGUGAAUGUGCAUAUGUGUUUAUGACCUAAAAUAAGUAUUUCAGAUGUGUGUGUGUGUGUGUGAGAGAGAGAGUGCAACAGAAGCAUUUCAUUAACUUCUCCAUCUUGCUAUGUACUGUACGUUUAGAUUGUAGUGUGUGAGUGAAAUCACAUUUUAGUGUGUGUGUUUCGUGAUUUUAGCCAUUUUGAAUUGUUCUUCAUAACUGUGCCUUAGAUGGCCUAGUGCCUUUGUCCACACAGUGCCUUGGAAUGGACGUUAACCUCAGCCUUUACGGCUCAUCAGCUGCAUCAACGUCGGCCAUUUUGGCUCGGCUAAUGCAGUUUCCACAUGGGCUUCCCUGAGCACAACCUUAAGUGGGGGCGACCGCACCACUUUUACACUCAGUUCUAACUGCUGGUGUUUGAGCUCACAGACUUUCUAUAUGAACACCAGCUGCACUAAACUAGAGAAACUCCACCUGUCAACUAAACUAGAGAAACUCCACACCAUCUCUACUAAACUAGAGAAACUCCACACCAUCUCUACUGAACUGGAGACUAGACUCCACCUCUCUGCUAAACUAGACACCACCUCUGCUAAACUAGACACCACCUCUGCUAAACUAGAUACCACCUCUCUGCUAAACUCCGCUGUCAAAUGGACAUGCUUUCAGGCUUUAUGGGUUGUCAGGAUAGCGGCCAUUCCAUGCUGUGUGAUGUCUUUGAACUUCAUGUCACCUCUGUGUGUCUGUGUGUGUAAUGACGUAUAGUAUUACCUUUUGACAAGAGGACUUGGUAAUACUCUUUAAAAUCGAAAGCCUGCUUAGUAUUUCAACAGUAUGUUGUAUUAAGACAGUCUGUGUGUGUGUGUGUGGGCGUGUGUAAUAGCAGUGUAUAAUCACUCUAUUGUAUUUGAUGCCAAUUGAUCAGGUUGCAGGAAUGAGGUAACUGAGGCAAUGGCAAUGAUGACAUCACUCUGGCAGAAUUGCCGCAGAAGCCGUGAAGUGUGUGUGUGUGUGUGUGUGUGUUAGUUCUUCCACUCAGUUGAUAUGAAGUGUGUUUGGACAAGAGUGAGUGUGUGUGCAAACAAAUACCUAGUGUGUUUGUAGUGAGUAGCUGAGCUUUGUUGCUAGCAUGUAACUGCAACUGGACUUGGCCAAAUGUGCGAGUUGGUAAAACAGUCAUUUCAGUCGUUUCAUCAUUCUGUUUCAGUCUGAUGCGUCGCGUGUGUGUGUGUGUGUGUGUGUGUGUGUGUGUGUGUGUGUGUGUGUGUGUGUGUCCUGUGGUUCCCACUACACCAAGCACACAGGGAGAAGUGAACAUUUCAAACAUAUCUCUAUGCACUACUGAUACAGAGAUCCUUGAACGAACACACUCCAAUGAUCAGUUUGGGUUUGAUUCUGACACACACACACACACACACACACACACACACACACACACACACACACACACUCCUCUGCCCAGUUUGGGUUUGAUUCUGGUACCACUCUGGUCUCAGUUCAUCAUGCGUCUGGUCCACAGCCGACUGUCCUCUGGAUGUGUGUGUGUGUGUGUGUGUGAGAGAGAGGGGUGUGUGUGUGAGAGAGGGGGGUGGGCCGACGUCUCGGUGAGUUCACACAUCUAUUCAAAGCACCUUUUCAUUCCGCUGUUGUCAUGGAUACGGUUGCUGUGUCACAGGGCCUUCAGCAGGUCACUGUAUCACUUACAGAUAACGUAGAGUCAACCACCUAGACUAGACUAGACUAGUCAACUGAAUGUCACGGGGGGAAUUCUGAAGAUAAUAUUAAGUGUGUGUCUGAUGCCAUGUUGUUUUUCUGUAUGAGUGAAUAAAUCAUUUGUAAAAACAAAAA